AUGAUCAUAAAGUUUAUAUAUCCACAAUCAAAUGAUGGUGUGGCGAUUAUUCGUUCAAAAAGAGCUGGAUUCAUAAAGAGAAGAUGGCAAAGGGAUAUGCCUAUACAAUUACAUCCUCAUUGUACACAAGAGGAAUAUGACAAGGCCAUUAGAACACUGGAUCGUGUAUCAGUAUACACUCUAUGGGGUCAACUAGCAACUUUAAUUCCUGUAUUCCUAUGUGGAGCUGUUAUGUUUGGAGUUGGACAAGCCAACAAAUCAUCAGACUACACUCCAAUCUACUGGUAUAUUGGUAUUCUAUUGCUAAGUAUAACAUUCAUUUGUUUCCUAGGUGUAAUGAUAACUAUAAAGACCAAGUAUAUCAAGAACUUGGCAUAUACUGUUGCUGGUAUUCAUACUAGAUUCCACAAUCAGUUUGGUGUUGCUUGGACUCUAAAGUAUGUGGAUUUCUCCAACAAGAAAGGAAAGAGAAGACCAAAGAUAUGGUGCGAGGUAUCCGUUCCUCUGUCACCAUUGGCUCAACAACCAAUAAUGGCACAUCCCUCGCCAUACCCCAACCAACAGUACAUCCCAAUGACCCAUUUCCAUCAGCAGGGUAGCGGUAACGCGCCAUCCCCCACACCAACAUACUAUCAUCAAGCUCCACAAGGAUACUCUCAAUACCCAGGGCCCGGUCCCAUGCCAGGCGCUACUGGUGAAUAUCCAGGAAUGCACCAGAUUCCAAUUGAUAGCAAACAACCGGUUAACCUCGCAAAGCACAGUGAUCAA